GAAAACAAUGACGUGAACACCUCCGGCACCGGUCUUGCCGUGCAGCCAGUCUGCCGGAUUCAGCAGCAGACAGCUGAAGACAUCCACCCGGGCGGACUCCUCCUGCUCUAAACGGUCUCCGCCAAAAACCCAAACAGUUGUUUGUUAAAAUGGCGAAAACGUACGACUACCUCUUCAAACUGUUGCUCAUCGGAGACAGCGGCGUCGGUAAGACAUGUCUGCUGUUCAGAUUCAGCGAGGACUCCUUCAAUACCACCUUCAUAUCCACAAUAGGGAUUGACUUCAAGAUCAGAACCAUAGAGCUGGAUGGAAAAAGAGUCAAACUCCAGAUUUGGGACACAGCAGGACAGGAGAGGUUUCGCACCAUUACCACAGCUUACUACAGAGGAGCAAUGGGAAUUAUGUUGGUGUAUGACAUCAGCAACGAGAAGUCCUUUGACAACAUCAAAAACUGGAUUAGAAACAUCGAAGAGCAUGCCUCAUCUGACGUGGAGAAAAUGAUCCUGGGUAACAAAUGUGACAUGACUGACAGGAGACAGGUGUCGAAAGACCGCGGUGAAAAACUGGCUAUUGACUAUGGAGUGAAGUUCUUGGAAACAAGCGCAAAGUCUGGCUUAAAUGUAGAGGAGGCCUUUUACACUAUUGCAAGAGACAUAUUAAACAAUCUGUGCUCAAAGACGACUGACAGCAGUGGUGGAGGAACGGGGAAACCGGUGAAAAUCACAGAUAAGAAGUCUAAGAGAAUUAAAUUCUUCAAGUGUUCGCUCCUCUAAGCAGCAGACGGACAGUCGUCACAUUUCUAUCGUGACCUUGCUUGUUUUAGAGGACUCCUUCCUCUCGGGUUUCCUCUCUGCAGCAGCAGCUCUGCUCUUGCACACACAGGGUCACCUGAGGUCACCGGUUUUUGGGCGGUCGAGACGCUGCCCUGAUUUGCUGAUCAGAAGAGUAUCGAUGGAGACCGAGGCCCUGAUACUUUGUAUCUGCUCAAGCAAUAGACUCUUGCAGGGAGUUUGUAGCUUGCCCUGCAGUGCCUGCUUGCAGUGGGCAAUAAUUCUGCUGGCGUUUAUAAUAUGAAAAUAUAUUGGUUGCAAUCUGUUGUCGUAUACUUUACAUACUGUAGCAUCAUUUUUAUAUAUACUACCUAUUAUCAGAAUUCCUAUGAAGAUGCUGUGAGAUACCAGGUUUCAGCAUUGACUGUGAUUGUGUGAAGUUCAUGUAUGUCAUUAAGCUUCUGUCUCUCUGUUGCACUGACAUCAGUUCUGCUGCUAAGGAGAAUUGUGAUAAAAUAGCUAAAAAAAUAAGCAUACAAAUGCAACCUGUUAAUAGUAAUAUUUUUUAUUGUUUGUUUUCUUAUGGAACCUACAUUUAUACAGAUUUCGGUGUUAAAAUGAAACUGUGAAAGGAAUGUUUUUUUUUUCAGAAGCAGGAAUGAAUUCAUACUGUGUUGUUUUUGCAUGAAAGCAGUAGGGAGAUCCCUAUGGGGGCUCAGUACUAAGCACAGAGUAUCUGAAAAAACAAAAUGCUUACAGAUAGUAUUUGAAAGUUUCAACCAUAUAUAGAAUGUUGGUGUUUUUCGAUGGUCACACUGUGUAUGCAUGCAUUUUUUUUGUUUGUUUUUUACUUAAACAGAAGACAUCUAGUAGGUUUCCCUUUACAUGUCCUUUACAUGAGAGCACAUCAACUGGGAAAAACUGUAAUGUGACCGGUAGUUAGUUUGUAAGUUCUUGUAUGUUACACAUACUGAAAGCAGCAUUAGUAAAGAAAGAAAUCUUCAUAAA